AUGACUAUUUUGAUAACUGAGGAUCCUGGCAGGUCAAUCGAUGUUUACUUACGGCUAUUGGUUGAUGAGCUCAAGGAUUUAUGGACAAACGGUGUGCGCACAUACGAUAAAGCCACUGGGAAGAUGUUCACUUUGCGGGCAGCAGUGAUGUGGACUGUAAAUGAUUUUCCCGCAUAUGCAAUGGUUUCUGGGUGGAGCACAAAGGGUUAUAUGGCAUGCCCUCUAUGCAAGGAAAAUGUAACUUCUGGUUGGCACGCGGGAAAAGUUUGUUAUCUUGGUCAUCGAAGAUGGUUGACAUGGGACCACAAGUGGCGGGAAAAGGAUAAAGAGUUUGACGGGAACACAAAGCAUCGCCUCAGACCUAGAGAAUGGUCCGGUGAUGAGAUCUUGGAACAGCUAAACCGUUUGGAUUUUUCUUCGUUCGGGAAAACAGUUACUCAGACUAGACCUUCUACACAUUUGAACUGGACGCACAAGUCUAUGUUUUUUGAGCUCCCAUAUUGGUCGAAACUAAAAUUGAGGCACAAUCUCGACGUUAUGCAUGUUGAGAAAAAUGUCUUUGACACAUUGCUGGGCACGAUUCUAGAUAUCGAGGGUAAGACAAAGGACACGAUCAAAGCUCGUCUUGAUUUGGAAAGAAUGGGCAUACGAAGAGGUUUAUGGAUGAACAGGGACGUUUGUAUCGUCGGUAAAGUUUCCGAUGGGUAUGCUUCUAAUAUCGCGCGUUGCGUGAAUGUUGACGGGGGUAAAUUUACUGGACUGAAGAGCCAUGACUGCCAUGUGUUUAUGCAACGCCUACUUCCUGUGGGUGUUCGACACCUUUUGCCAGAAGAUGUAGUGAAACCAAUCAUGUUGUUGUCCAGAUUUUUUUCCCAACUGACGGCAAAAACAUUGCGAAAGACAGACAUUAAUCAGUUGCGCCAUGACAUUGUCCAAGUCCUAUGCAAGUUCGAGAUGAUAUUCCCUCCAGCUUUCUUCACAAGUAUGAUCCACGUGAUGGUUCAUUUGUCAGAAGAGGCAUUGCUCGCUAGUCCUGUAAACUAUCGCUGGAUGUAUCCAAUAGAAAGGCUUCUCGGAGAGUUGAAAAAAACUGUACGCAACAGGGCAAAACCCGAAGGAUCAAUUAUAGAGGCUUGGGUUCAAUAUGAGUCGCUUACUUUCUGUGGAAUGUAUUUAAAAGAUGUGGACACGGCUUUCAAUCGUCCUCAGCGCAAUAAUGAUGGAGGUAUGAGAAAUGAGAAACUUUCUGUUUUCGCCCAAAGCGCAAGACCCUUUGGAGAUCCAGUACGAGGAGAGUCGUUUUCCAGAAAUGACAUGGAGGUAGCGCAUUGGUUCGUACUUAACAAUUGUGAUGAGAUAAUGUCAUACUUAGAUGAGCAUGAAGAGAUGAUGAAGCGAGAACAUCCAUCACAUUUGUAUGCCAAGAAACACCGUGAUUUGUUUCCAAAAUGGUUUUUGGAAUAUGUGAAUAAAUUGAAAUCAUCGAAUUCACCCUCUUACAGUGAAGAGUUAUAUAACUUGGCGUUCGGCCCGAUUCACACUGAAUUAUUCUCGGGUUGCCAUGUUAAUGGCGUCAAAUUUUUGGGGACUGCAUGA